AUGCGUUUCCUGACACGCGGUUCCUCCAGCCAGACCGCCGACCCCAAGGCCCCGCAAGGCCGGGAGCGCGCCGCUGGGCCGGGAGGCGCACUUCGGGGGCCGCGUCCGCACGCGGCGGCCCCUCCAAGUUCUCCCUCGCGUGCUCUGACGAUCCAGCAAGACAAAGACCGCAAGUUCUCGGGUCCACGGCUCCACGCAGGCGGGCACGGCGUCUCCCCGGAUCAGGUCCGCUCCCGGCCCGGGCGCCCGCACCCGCCGCGGAGGGGGUCCCGGGCGCGUCUGCGCGAGCCGCAGGGCUUCCACGCCGUCCCGCUCGCGCCCGGGUCCCGCGCCUCCCGCGCCUGCGGCCGGACCCCGGCUCCUCCCGGGCCCCGCCGCGCCAGGCCCAGCGCCCCGCGCGCGCCCCGGCUCCGUCCCCGCGGAGGGGGCGCCGCCCGCUCCCCACCCCCGGCUCUCGGCCCCCGCCCGCGCGGUCCCCUCCCGGGCCCCGAUACCCACCCGGGUCCCGCAGCGGGGGCCGGAUUCGCGGCGGGUCCCGGAGCCGCCGCCGCCGCCGCCGCCGCCGCCGCCGCCGCCGCCAGUGAGGCGCGGCGGGGCGGGGACGCGCGGCGAGGCCCGGCCCCCGGCCCGCCCCCGGCCCCACCGGGCCCGCCCCGGCCCGCCUCGGCCCGCCCCGACCCUAAGCCGGCCCCUAAACCGGCCUCCAGGCCCACCCGGCGCCUAGCGCCGCCGUGA